AUGGGACUGGAGGAAAGUAACCAGAGCUCUGUGACAACAUUCACCCUCUUGGGCUUCUCAGAAUUCCCAAACCUCCAAGCAACCCUCUUCCUGGUGUUCCUGGUCAUCUACACAGUCAUUCUGGUGGGGAACCUGGGCAUGAUUGUGAUCGUGAGGAUCAAUCCCAAACUCCAUACACCCAUGUACUUUUUCCUCAGCCAUCUAUCGUUUUUGGAUAUUUGUAAUUCCUGUGUGUUUACACCCAAACUGCUAGAAAUAUUAGUUGUGGAAGACAGAACUAUCUCCUUCACAGGAUGUAUGGUACAAUUUUUCUUUGGCUGUGCAUUUGUGAUUACAGAAAUGUUCAUGUUGGCAGUGAUGGCCUAUGACCGGUUUGUGGCUGUUUGUAACCCCCUGCUCUACACAGUUGCUAUGUCUCCUAAGCUCUGUGUUCUCCUGGUAGCUGGAACUUAUACAUGGGGUGGACUCGGUUCCUUGACACUCACAUAUUCUCUUUUGGAACUAUCCUACUGUGCAUCCAGCAUCAUAGAUCACUUUGGUUGUGAGUUCUCUGCCAUCCUCUCUGUAUCCUCCUCUGACCCCUACUUCAGCCAGAUGGCAUGUUUAGUCAUUUCUACAUUCAGUGAGGCUUGCAGCCUCCUGAUCAUCCUUGCCUCCUAUGUCUUUAUACUUGUGACUAUCAUCAAGAUGCCUUCCACGGGUGGAUUCAGAAAAGCCUUCUCCACUUGUGCCUCACACCUGACUGCCAUCACCAUUUUUCAUGGGAUCAUUCUCCUUCUCUAUUGUGUGCCCAACUCCAAAAGCUCAUGGCUCCUGGUCAAAGUGGCCACUGUGCUGUUUACAGUUGUGAUCCCCAUGCUGAAUCCCCUUAUCUACAGCCUUAGGAACAAAGAUGUGAAAGAGACACUGAGGAGGUUGAUCAAUUCCAAACUGCAUUCUCACUCAAUGUAA